CACAUACAUAAAUACUCCGAACAAAUUGGUUUGGCUCAGAAUAUUGUAACUUUUUGGAUAAUUUGGAUUCUCUAAGUUAACAGUGUGUAGAAAUUAACCAACUUGUAGUCGAAAACGUAUAAAACUGUUCCAGAUCCGUAUAAAAGUAAGCCUUUUUGGGGCCAAACUACAGAAGGAGAUUUAUAUAUGUAUCCUUCAUCAGAUUCCAUAGUAUAUUACAAUCUAUUCCCUGUGAUUCCAACAAUUAAGUGGUGACAAUAUUUAGUAUGGUAAUUUUUUUGAGGGAAAGAAUGUAUGUAAAACUCACUUUUUUUCUUUCUAUUAUCUGUAUGAUAUUGGUAAUGUUUCACAUUUUCUUAUUUCCCUAAUUCUUAUGGAAUCUUAGGGCUCUGUAAAAUAUGAGUAUCAUAAAUAAUCUCAGAAGUUUCGAUUAUAAAUAUUGUAAUUUAGCAGUUCUCAGUGUUUUUGCACUGUUUCAGUCCUCAAAAUGUUUUUUUGAUAGAAACUCUGGUGACAUUAUUGGAUCAUAUAUUACCCAGAAGAAUAUAUCUGAUAAUGGUACACUUACAAAGGAUAACUAUAAGGAUUUGAAGCUGAAAAAAUUAGAUUCUUAUGGAUUCUGGGCUAUUCUAGAGGAUAGAAAAACAAAGGAAUAUAUUUACAUGAAGUCUAAAAACCUUAAAGAUGGAAUGAGUAAAUUUUUAUCCUUAAAAGAGUUCAAGGAUAAGCCCUAUUUGCUGAAAAAGAAGCUCCUAGGAUUCACUUCAAACCCUUUCAAAGAGUCUCAAACAUCAGAAUGGAUACAUACCAAAACCUCAAAAACAACUUUCCAAAGUAACCCUACCCGAAACAAUGCUGGGAUUGCUACUUUAACAGUAUUUUUGCUAGGGUUUUUCUGUACAUUAGCGUUUGGAGCUUUUAAGUCUGUAGAUAUAAUUAAAACUCUUCCAUGUGUAAACUUUAUUAAGACUUGUUGUAAGGAGAACACCAAAGUUACAAAACUCAUCGGGAAAGACCUGUCAAUUAGAAACCUUGAAGGCAAAUUAACCAAUAAUUAUUUCAAUGGCGAUGUCAUUGUAUCAGGAAAUGAUAAAAAACAAUUACUACUGAACGUAGCUGUGUAUAGAGAUUCAAAUAAUGCACCCUUCAAAUUAAUUACACUAAACAUAAAAGAAGUAAUGUAAUAUAUUGUUU